AUACCGUGAGAAAGGUCUUGUCCGAUCGUACCUUCUUAUUCUAUUUAAUUUCCACUCUACUGGAACUGCCAAAGCAGUGUCUAGCAUUGUUUACUGGUAGAACAACAGUAACACUUUUUCAAGCUAUCUGGUAUAGCAUUUCGAUUCUUGCCUCCUAUUUCUCAGUUCCGAUAAGAACGCUCCAGAAACACCGAACUAUUACCAAGUAUAAUUAGCAGAAACAUCACCAUGUGUUUAGGUAUAUGUCCCGAUGACUAUGAUAACCACAGGCCCCAGCGACAGCGACGGGAUGAGCGUGCUCUUCCACCACGUUACGAACGUUCUCCACGUCAGGAAGCUACCCGUGCAGCUCAGAAUUACGGGUGGCCGCGCGACCAUAGUAUGAGUAGCUCCUAUAAUUAUGGGCAACCUGGGAAUAGGGACUCGCACGUCGAGCCCGAACUUAUGGAAGCUUUCGUCAGUCUCCCGGGUAGCGACUUGCGUCGCGUGUAUGACCCGGAGCGCUCUCGACAAUCAUCUACCCGGGAUCAGUACUAUAGACAGCCUUCCCAGUACCAGUACCAAUACCAAUACCCCAACCAGCCUAGCCACGCCGCCAUAUCGGAACACUCCCGGUUGAAGAGCGUCCCGGGCGGGAGAGUAGAAGUCCAUCGGGACAACCUGCACCGGUACGGAAGUAUGCAUGGGAGCGUUCAUAGAGUGGUCCGUGAACAACCUAGGACAUCCGAGACCAUGAAAAUGAAACCGUACCGGCACCAACAGACAUCCCGGGGUAUACGUCGGGGUUCUGUAGAUAGUAACGGGGUUAGCGAUAUUUCUAGCGACGACGACGACGACGACGACAACGACAACGACAACGACAGGAGAAGACUUGCCUAUACCCCCUCGCCGUUAGCUCAGAGGGGCAAUGAUCUUUACUCCCGUACGGGAUAUGGCUAUGGACGCCGAGGCGCGUUCUAGAGUAAUGCCGCGCGCUUAAGUAUUGUGAGUCUUCCCAAUAGUACACACAGCUCCCGGCUAUAUAGAGAAGAUAUCACUAUCACUAUACCCAGGCACGAGCAUCGAAACAAGAAAUGCCUGUUUUAGCGAGCAUACAUCCCUAGGUAGAUAAUGGAUACGAUGGUUCGUUUUUCCCACGCUUAAUUAGACUAGAGACAUGUCGCUUGGCUUUGCUCACCGACGACGAUGAUGAUCUACAGGUGAGCAACAGCGAGGAGGAACCUGGGGUUUAGAGCUAGGUACAUAUCGUAGUAUAUCCAUUUGCCAUGACAUGGCUACCUGUUAAUUUGAUCUUGAAUUCGUACAUGAGUUUUAUUCGGUAGCGAUCUGUAAAACAUCUGCCUUCCCCUAGUGCUCUCAUCCCAUGUCAACGUGAUACUACAUGAUAGUGAAUUUGCGCGUUCGAGUUACGUAUUUCAUGACGAGAGAUCUGAAUGGAGAUAAUAGA